UGGUAAUAAAAGGAGUUCUGUAAGGAAAAGAAAAGGGGAAAAAGAAAAAACUUCAUAUAUACCGUGGCGCUUCUGUAAACUUGUAGUAUUCUAGAAUUAGAUUCAUCAUUUUCUUCAUCAACUACCAAAUCCUUCAGACCUACCCAAGGUAGUAAAGUUUCCUUACCCUUACAAGAUGUCAUUUCUAUCAGUAAAGAAUGCUUUCAGAUCUCAAACCAUGACCAAGGAUAAGCUCUUAAAGAGCGCACAUGGGAUGGAUGUGGCAUUGGACUGUGUCACCCACUUUGAAUCUCUUCAGGACAGAGGGGGAUAUGACUGCCGCAAGCAGUUCCCAUACGAGUUGUAUAAAAAAGGGGUUCAGAAAAAGCUCAUAGACAUAUGGAUGGCAGAUGCACCUAGUGUCCAUGUACUCGACGGCGUGGGUUACAACUACUCAGCGAGUUAUGCCGGGAGUGAGUUCGCCAAGUCCCUCCGUGUGCGUAACCGCGAGAGUGCCGUCGUUCUUCGGGUGUACGUAAAGAAUCAAAGUGAAACGCCGAAGGUAGUGUUACUUCAGAUCCUUGGCUCGCUGAUCUGGAGCUUGAUUACUCUCGUGCCUGAUGAAUUUGGUACCUCAGAAGGCCUGCAGAAAAGAAAAUUUGAGACGUUUAUAGGUCGCGGACCUGGUAGCUUUGAUGCUGGCUUAGAAAUACUUCGAUCAUUGCCACCCCUGGAACUCAACGGCAAGACAAUGCUCUGCAUUGUUGAUGGCUUGGAUCUCGCUGAGGAUGAGAGCAUUUAUACACUUGGUAGGAGGAGCCAAGUAAUCCGGUAACCAUAAUCUUUAGAUAUCCAGUUGGUAUCGAAGUUCCUAAUUGAUUAGAAUUGCCCUGGUGAUAACUUAGGUCUAUGGUUAGCAGCAGGGGGUCAAUCCAUACACCGGAUGGAUAGGUAACUUGACUUAAUCUGACUUGGGUUAUUUAGACUUGUAUUUGCGGGAUUGUGUCUCUCGUUUCUGUGUUCUCCCUUAUUCAUAACCUGGGCAAUCUUAACGAUAAUUCAUUUAUUUGCUUCGAACGCGCACAUUCUCGUAUUACU